GCUGCGAGAUGACUCCUACAACACCGCGGCCACAGCGACCCUCAGCAUGGCGACCCCAAAGCUGCUGGCCGUGGACUUUGAGGUGUUUGGGCGCGUGCAAGGUGUCUUCUUUCGUAAGUACACCCAGGACGAAGCAAAGGAGUUAGGUGUGCGUGGCUGGUGCAUGAACACUUACCACGGGACUGUUGCAGGACAGUUGGAAGGACCUCGGGAUAAAAUCAAAGCAAUGAAAGAUUGGCUGCAGAGGACUGGGAGCCCAAGUUCACGAAUUGAAAAAGCAGAAUUCAAAAAUGAAAAAGAAAUUGAUGAUUAUUCUUUCAAGAACUUUUCAAUUAAACAUUAAACUCACUAUGGCUGGUUCUGUUGAACCACGUCAUUGAAAAUUUUAUUGAAAACAAAAAAAAAAAAUUAUCUUCAGUAGAAAGAACUUUUGUUAUUGGUAUUAUAAAUGCAAGUCUCAUAUUGGUCAUGAUCCUGUUAUGGACUCUUUAUUUAUAUUUAUUUUUUGUUUUAAGCAUUUCAUAGAAAUGUAUUAUGCUACAGGAUCCAAAACGUUAGCGCUCUGUUAUCUGGAGUUAGAGGUCAUAUGUGAGUUAAUACAUCCAUAAGGUGAUGGUGCCCUUAUCAGGAAUUGAGGCUGAAUUAUCGGGUAAACUAUUUAUUGUUCAGUAAUGUAACUUGUUUCUCAGAUAAACACAAAAGCACUGCAUACACACACACACACACACACACACACACACACACACACACACACACUAGGUAAAUCUUCUGUCACAAACCAACUAUGUUUUUACUUAAGAGUAAUAGCUAUAGUGCAGGAGAAAGACGGUUGGGUGGACUGCAUAUUUUUGGACCUAAAAAAGGGAUAUGAUAAAGUUCCACACAAGAGAUUACUAUGGAGUCAGUGUCAUGAUGUGCAGAGGUUGGUCGCUGACUACCCCUGGAGGCCAACUUGUGCAGUCCAUAAGGCUGGAAUCUGGAGGAGAACCCCCUGUGUGAGGUCUUUCCCAAAAAAACUCUUGUCCUUCCUUCAGCGUAUCUCCACGUAGCGGGUGGUUUCUUGGCUGUGAUUUUGUGCUUCAGUUUCUCUGACUCUUCAAUGUGCUUAGCAGGCUGUGAGACGUCAUCCCCAAACAGAAAUCGGGUCUGAACAGAGGUGCGAGUACUUCUGCUUCAUAACAAAGCGUCUCGCCAAGUUGUUUUUGUGGUUAGCAUUGCCUAGCAAGGCUAGGGCACCGUUAAUCAUGCCAACUUCUUGUGCCACCACAGAGUGCCCUUCAUCCUGUGUCACUUUAUUUUCUGUAAGUAACAAAAGUCAAUUAAAUUGCACUGUGAGGGAUGUUUAUUGGUAGGUAUGUUUAUAUUGCUUUGGAUUCCUACCCAGGAUUUCAAACUACCGAUAACUCAGAUGUUCGGUUAUCUCGGAUCGGUCAGGUUUUAAAGAGUGCAUCUAGUCUUGGUAAAUAUGUCAACUGAAUGCCAAAUGUAGGCAGGCCAAUAUCUACCUCAUGAACAGCAAAAGGCAACAUGAGAUUUCGUCUCCUGAAUAUUUUGCUCAUGGAUGUAUAUUUGGCUUUCUAGCAUCUCUAAUAUCAUUUACUUUGAUGGUAAAUGGGUAUUAUUUCUAAAGGUGUGGUUAUUUUGACUUUGGUCUUAAAAUAAGUACUGCCGUGGUAGGCAAGACUGAAGCUGUAAAAGAGUUAGUAAACAAAAAGUAAAGCAUUGCUGUUUCCAUGGAAAUGUAUGCGAGGGGCCUCAAGCAGCCAAGAGGAGAACUGAUAGCCAGUAUGGUGUAUUUAUGCUAAUGUGAUGAAGAAUUUUUUCAGGAAUCCUGGGUAGGAGUGAGGUGUGUGAAGUCUUCAGUUUUGUAUGAACUGGGCACAGUAACAUGGCCACCACGUUAGAUUGCUGGCAGGAUAUAGAAUGCACUCUAGGUAUAUAACUCUCUAGGCAACAUGUUCCGAAUUUAAAAUGAUACUACCAUACUGACCAUACAUGGUCUUCAAAACUUUUUUAUCACAGUGAGCAGUAACAUAAAUAAAAUGUACGUGCUGAGUACCAAUGAACCUUGCUGAUAGAUGUACUGACGGCACCAGUUUCAGUACGCGAUGAAAAACUAGUGUCACUACUUUCAUUGAUACUUUUGUACCUCGUUACUGCCCACCUACACACACACACACACACACACACACACACACACACACAUUCUUAAUUGUGUUGAGUGUUGUAUUAUUCAUAUACAGUAAUGUAGUUCAUUCUUGAUAGUUUUAUUUCACUGCCUUAUUAAUGUUCAGGUAUAUUAAUAUUUAUUUCCAAUAAUCUUAACUUUGUUUUAAGGUAUUAUUGUUUAAUCAGGUAUGUAAUAUACAUUGAAAGCACGUAUAUUGAUUAUGAAAAAUUACAACCAUAGUACGUAGUAGUUAAGAUGUUAUUGGUGUAUCUAUUCUACUUUAGUAUCAAUAUCAGAAACUUCAAGAAAGUGAUUUACUAAAUAUUUUGAUGUAUUGAUGUAAGUUUCACCAGAUGCAUUCACACUGGUGAAUGAGUGAGAUUUCCUUUCUUGAACAUGUAGUUCUGGUUUACAUGCCUUUUUGUGCAAUGUUGCUCAAGAGAUCCAAAAGUACCUGUGAAAAACUCACUUCUUCAGUUAACAAUAAGGAUUUAAUCCCGAACUGUGAUAACUUGUGCUUGGGAAUGUCAUUAUAUUUUCAUCCCUGUUAUUUUUUAAAUACAUGUUUUAUUGGAAAAAAUACACUGAUCAUCAGC